AUGACAAAAUCCGCCUCUUUCGAUGUGAUAGGAACAUGUUUCGCCUUUGAUGUUCCUAUAUCCACCAUCCAAUCCCGUCUCGGCCCCAAACUUGUAACCGCGGCCGUGGACCCCAAAACGCUCUUCUUCUCCUGGUUCUAUGCUGCUCAGCGUGACUUCACCUACGUCUCCAUGACCGGUGCCUACGUUCCCAUCGCCCAGGUUCUCAAAUCUACGUUCCGACGCGCAUGCGCCGUUGUCGAUCUACCCGUCGACGCAGUCACCGACGAAGACUUGGAAGAGAUCAUGAAAGCAUUCAAAGCCAUGAAGCCGCGCGAAGGGCUGAAAAAGUGUUAUGAUGGACUGAGGGAAGCGGGCUGGGAUGUCUAUGGUGUAACAAAUGGAGGGUCAGAGACCUCUUUGAACUACUACCGUAACGCGGGUAUUGAAUUGGACGAACAGCAUCUGCUCAGUUGUGAUGCCAUUCAGGUUGCGAAACCGGAUGUACGCGUUUAUGAGAAUGCGCAGAAGCAUUUGGAUGAAAAGGUGAAGCAUACUGGUUCUCUGGGAAUGGGAGAGGGUGCGAGAUGGUUCAUCGCGGCGCAUGCGUGGGAUUUGAUUGCGGCGAGGAAGGCUGGGUUCCACACUGCGUAUCUGGACUUUGAGGAACAUGACCCUUGUACAGAUGUUUUUGGGGAAUUCGAUCUUUACGCAUCUAGUAUGGAAGAGUUGUUGGUCAAGUUGAAGGAUUGGAAAGCAGGUUCUUAG